AUGCCGUGCCCGGUCCGCGAGGGACAGUCCCUCUACGUUGAUAAGCCCGCGGUCGUCAUCACGUUCCUUCCCCCGGAGCUAGGCGGGGUGGCGGGGGUCGAACCCAGCCGCGAGGUUAUGGGAAAGUCGUCGGCGCGGCCGCCGGUGGCGGCGGCGGCGGCGGCGGCGGCGGCGGGAGCCACCUCCUGGGGCGGCGGCAGAGUGACUAGCGGACUGCUGACCGGCAUCAUGGCCCAGAGUAAGGACAGGGGCAUGAGCGGCGUCAGGAGUUUCUUGACGUUCACCUUGGACAGACCGGCCGUGGUGUAUGUCUGCUACGACCAGCGUCUGAGGAGGCUCCCCGUGUGGCUCAUGUACUUCGAGAGCACCGACUGGGUGGUGCAAUCGACGGAUGCCACGUUCAGGGUGUGGAGGAAGCGUUACGCUCGGGGACAGGUGAAGCUGGGGAGCAACGAGGGCUGGCGCAAGGGCUGCGCGCAGUACGUCGUCCUCCUCGGCGCGGACGACGGCGCCCUCGGCGCGCCGCCUCCUUCGGGAGGAAAUCCCGCCUUCUCCCCCGGUCCCCGCCACCACCAGCACGACACCGGCACUACUCGUCUAGCACCUGCCCCCGCCGGCGGCCGUGGCGGCGGGGAGAGAUGCACAACGGUGCUGUCUCCCUCGCGACCAUCGCUGACAAAGCCGAGGGGGCUUCUGCCCGAUGGCGACGCCGCGGCGGGAGAAGGGGGGGGCGGGGACGACGGGCUGCCGUCCCCGCGCUGGGUGCUGCGGCCGCAGACCGUGGCCGGGGGGAAAGGGUCGCUCGCGCAGGCGGUGCGCGCGCUCGUGGACGAGCGGAGGAAGAGUCGCGCCAAGUCUCGGAGUCAGCUCUUGCCAGGCGGCACGUCCCGGUCGCAACUAGACGCGGCCGCCGCGACGGCGGCGGAGCUCGGGCUGGAGCUGGCCCCCGUAGAGCUACAGUACACGACCGCAUUUGACUUGGGCCGGAUGUCGUUCCGAGUCAUCGACCCCAGUGCUGCUGCUGAGGACGCUUUCCACGUCAAGGCUGAGCUGUGCCUAAGCCACGCCUCCGGCAGCCUGGUUCUGCGCCACCUGCACCCGGGAGAUUGGCUUGGCAAGCCCGACAGCCUUACCAUGAGGGUGAACGCGGGGGGGCUGGGGACGUACUACAACCCCCUGGUGGACAAGAGGGAGCAUCUGGUGGAGCCGUGGUCGGCGCUAGUGGAGUGCCACAGCGAGCGGGGGGAUGCCACUACCCAGCUCCGGGUGGAGGUGGAAAUCGGUUGUCACGGACCGGGCAUGGUAGUUGGGUACCCUAUUAUUCCGGUGUAUUCCGAGCCGUCGGUCGCCACCCAGAGCUCCGAAAGUUCGGACACCUUGCUCAUUCGAAACACUCUCGGGGUAGAGGUGGUCGUCCAAAGCCUUGACGCGACCUGGGAGGCAGGCCAUGGCGGCGGCGGUUGGGGCGGUGAUGCUCCCGGCGGUAGCUGGGACAGAAGCGUGGACGGCGACAUCGCAGCCAAAUGCUUCGAUGACUUCUUUAGCGAACAGGGCGCUGCUGCUGUCGCUACUGCUGCUGCUGCUGCUGCCGCCGCCGAUGCUGCUGCUCCUACUGCCAUGGCAGCGGCGGCCGCGGGCGCAGAGCAUCCGUCCCACGUACGAGACUUGUCCCGACCGACGGCGGUGGCCGCAGGGCACGCGAUUGAGUGCCGGUUGCCGGCCAAGACGGAGUGGCGAGACGGGGGCGUCAUCGCGGCCGACGUCCUGGUGCACGUGCCCGGGUUUCAGACGGUGGGAGGCGUUCAGGUCGGGGGCAGGGGCGCCCGCGCGUACCCGCUGAUACAGCUCUCCCAGCAACCCGUCGGAGACAGCAUGAGUAGGCACGCCCGGGGAGUGGCGGAGCGGUUCAUGCGCGUGCCCGUCAAGGGCGCCGCGUUGAACAAGGUCGGGCUAGCGCUCGUGGUGGAUGUUCGCGAGAAGCCCGUCGCCGCCGGUGGCUCCCUCGGUGGGGGCGGUGCGCGCCGCGUCGGGGCCUUGAGCAAAGGCAGCGAAAGCCUUUUGGCGGCCUCGUCGUCCGCGUCUCACGGGGGCCUCGUAGCCGAGCUGCGGACAAACGUCUGCGUGCACAAUGGGUCGGCGUCCGACGUGGAGGUGGACAUGGUGGACAUAGCAUCGGCGGCGGCGGCAGUCGCGACGACCCCCGGCGUCAAGAGACCAGGGCAGCCGGCGGGGGAACAAGACUGGGGAGCGGCACCGGCGGUGGCGCCCCGGACAGGCGGCCGCGGCGGCGGCGGCGGCGGUGCCACCGUCGUGCACCUCGCGCCGGGAUCCCGCCUGGCGCUCCCGCUUCCCGUCCUGUCCUCCUGGCAGUUGCGGAUCGGGGGCGACGCCACCGACGCCUGGUCCCGACCCCUCCGACUCUCCCCCGCUCUUCUAGACCCGGCCGUCCCCAACGCGCUACGCCUGACGAGCGACAUGGAGCGCAACUCCGUCUGCUUGAGAAUGACCAAGUCCCGCGGGCGGGUUUCUCGCGGGAGCGACGGCAGCGGCGGGACGACGGCGGCGGCAGCGGCAGCGGCGGCGGCGGCAACCGCUGCUGCAGCCGCCGCGGCUAGGGGGGAGAUGCACCCGGACUUCGGCGGCGACGGUGGCUUGCGGACGUCCCCGGCCUCGAAGGAGGGCGGCGGCGGCGGUUCACGCCGCAAGUCGGUUCAGCACGUGGGCUUCGACCUCCCGCCGCCCUCCCCCCGCUCUUCCCGGGCGUCGCCGUCCUCGCGGGACGACGGCGGCGGCGGGGUUGACAGGCCGAGGACCAAGGCGUCCAUGUCGACAACCACGUCUUCGCCGGUAUCGCCUCACGUGGGAGUGGCAGCGGCGGCGGCGACCUCCUCUGGUACCGCAGACUGGGUGUUGAUGGUCCAGCCCUCCUACCUCGUGACCAACGCCCUGCCCUGCGCGAUGGAGGUAGAGGUGCUCCAGCCGCCCGCUGUCGGUGGUGUUAGUGGCGUGGAGCGGAGCGUGCGCAGCCGUUCCUGGGGGGGCUCUGGCUCCGACCUUGCCGGCCACGGAGAGGUCGACCUGGGGGGAGGGUGGCGGGACGGAGGAGGUUCCAGCGUUAGCAGCGACGAGGACAGCGACGCUGCCUCUUUGGCGUCCUCGGUGACCUCUUCUCGCCAGACCCAGCAGAGCGAGGGCAUGGCUAGGGCGGUGGCGAGCACCCCGACGGGGGUUCGAGUCAAGGCCGCCGUUCGCAACCCGGCCCUCGACCUAUUUUUCCUACCGACAUCGUCUUCGUCCGAAACGGGCGGCGGCGGCGGCGGUGGGCGCGCGAGCGGCAGGGCGAGGAGCGGCAGCCGAGGUGAGAGCGGCGCCGGGGGUGCUAGGAAUAGAGGUAAGAGCCGCGAUGAUUCCGGUGGCGGAGAUGUCGGCGGAAGCGGGCAAAAGAGCGGCAAAGGAGGCAAUGAUUCGGCGGAAGGUGGGGCGAGGAUCUGGCCAUGGCCGCACUCGCAGCAGCAGCAGCAACAACAACGGAUGCGACCUGAGGAGUACGACACAAUCCACGGGUUCCAGCGCGUGUGGAAGGGGCUAGUCGGCAGUGGACAGGAGGGCAAGGUGGGAUGCGUGGAUAACGACCGCCCGUUCUACGUGCGGGUGCGGCUGCCGGACCCUGCGGCCGGCGCUAACCAGCCGCCUCCAGGACCCCGGUCCCCGCCCUGCUACCACUGGUCCGAUUGCUUCGUCAUCUCGACGGCCGACCACGCGCGAAGAAGCUUCUUCAACUCGCGGCAGCCGGAGGAUAUAACCUGGCGAACGGCCGCAGGGCAAGACUGGGGACGGCCGCCGCCGGUGGUUGGCCGCGUCUCGCCGGGGGGGGGCUACGGACGGGCGACGUCGAGGGGAGGAGGGUGGGGAGGAGAAGGAAGGACGCGUCGGCAGCAGUGCCCCGAGAUCAAGGCUGCUCGGUCGUGGGGGAGGUGCUCGGCACGGCGACUGACGUUUUACGCCCCGUACUGGAUCGUCAACAAGACGGGAUUAGCGCUCAACUACCGCGCCAGGUGCCAGGUGUCAGGUGUCAGCGGUGGCCGAGGCCGCGGCGGCGCCAACGGCGAUAUCGGCAGCGGCGGCGAUUGGGCUGGAUCGGGGAAGUUCAAGGACGGCGGCGGCGGCGGCGGGCACGACGAGGGGGGCGGUUCCCAAAAAGGCGGCGGCGGCGGCGGUGGUGACUCGCGGACGGGCUCGGUUUCGUCCGCGGAAGAGAAUGCCCGCAUCCAGGUGUCGCGGUUGCUCCUUCGAGACGCUACGUACGUGGGCGACGAGGAGCACCUCGGCUUUUUCGGCGGUAGGAGCCUGCCCGUCAUGCUCGCCUGCCCGUCCAGGAAGCUGGAGGUGAUGCCCUACGCCCUGGCGGCUAGGGCGGAGGACGCCGGGCUCUGCGUGUGCGAUCUCCAGGUGGACUCCGAUAUUUCGUCUCUGUACCACUGCGUCAGGGGGCCCCGGCCGGGGGGCCCCCUGUAUUCCGACUGCGGGGUGACCGUGACCGCAUUCCCGGAGGAGCUAACGCUAGCAGCGACGGUUAUAACGGGGGCACCGCGGCCGAGGUGUACGGUACAGGGCGCCCAAGUGCGGACGUCGGAGGCAGGCUUGAGCCUCGAGGUGUUUCGACGCUUUUUCCGCGCGAAGACCCUAGUUAGGCUCGGUGGCAGCGACAACGGCCGGGACCUGGCGCAGACCUUGACGAACUUGAGCGGGGCUGCCGUCAACCCGGAUGGCCCGGCCCCCAAGGGUAUGCUGGCGAACUACACCGUUCUCCUCACUACGGUGCCGCCGCCACCGCCGUCGCCAUCAUCGCCGUUAUCGUGGUUAUCGUCGCCAGGCGACGCUGCGGUCCCGACGCCUGGUGCGGCGGCGGCGGCGGUGGCGGCGGCGGCGGCAGCGUACGGGGAGGAAGCGGACGUGCGUGACGCCCUCGUGGACCGAGACGUGGGGGAGAGCAUCGUUUGCCGGCGCCGAUACCGCAUCCUGCCAGACUUCGGCCCGGGAGAUCGACCUUACGUGGUGAGAGGAGACGGAAAGCGAGCUCUGGACCGCGACUACACGAUCCCUUCGCUGCCCGCCGAGCUGCAGGGCGUGCGACUCACCUGCGUCCAGACCGCGCAGGGAGACAAGCGAGCCGGCGGGUCACGGUUCUGGAGGCUGUCUCUGAUGCAGGAGUCCGUGGUGCUCGUGAUCUUCGACGCUCGGGCCCAGUCCGUCCCGGUGUGGCUCUCGGCAUCCGGCUUUGUGCUGUGGGAGGGCGUUCAGCUUGCCGGGGCGCAGUACAGGAUCCCUUACAAGUACAAGGUGUACCGCAAGACGUGCCAAACGGGUUUGGUCUGGCUUGGGGGUAACGGCGCCAGAGGCUGCAAGGGCGCGAAGCGAGGCUACUUUGUCCUUGUCCAUGUCGCUCACCGUACGCUUUCUCCCGUCGUCGAAGUGCCACAAGAAGCAGCAGCAGCAGCAGCAGCAGAAGAGGCAGCAAUAACAAGCUCCCAGAGGAACGCCGUCGACGACAACAGCGACGUCGACAGCAACGGUUCCGUCGUGUCCACGCUGUCCGCACCCCUCUUUUCGUCGCACGCUGAGGAAGGAGAUCUAGGAGAAGGAGGCCAACCCCUGCUGACCGCCGCCUCAAGAAACUCGAUGGCCUCUCGCUCGCGCUCAUUCGAGUCCUUGCAGAGCGUCGUUGCCACUCCCGACCGAUCCCGUCGCCGUGACCGCGACCCCACCCCUGGCGGCGGGGGUGGAGGCGUCGGCGCCGAAGGGACGCGUUUCGGUGACGGCGUCGGUGAAAGUUUUGGCGGUGACGGCGUGGGCGCAAGCAGGGCAAACAGGCCUAGAGCGUCCUCUUCCCGCCACGAGGAGCGACGCCCGGCCGCUGCCGGGCUCCGUCGGCGCGGAAUGUCGACGACGGAUGCAGCGAUACUCGGCACCCGGUCGGCGCUCAGCGGUGGCAACAGCACCGAACCUGGCGGCGGCGGCCGCGCUAGCGGCCGCGCGCGGGCUUGGACAGGCGGGGGCGAAGAAGCCGUCUUAAACGGCGGUGGCGUCGCCGGCGCCGGCGCCGGCGCCGGCGGCACCUACGGUACCGGGAGCGGUGGCAGCGCCGUCUUCGGCGAGAGGCCGGGCGAGCGGAGCAGAGGAGGGCUGCAGCGCAUCUCGCCCCUCUGGGAUACCGACAAGGACGGGCCGCUGUCGCAGAUGCCGGUGCCGUUCGAUCGGGUCGGUCGGACCUGGAGCCGGUCCUUCAACGUCGACGCGGCCAAGACGGGGGGGCCGCUGGAGACGUCGGGGGCUACCCUGGGGGUAUCGGUGUCCGCGCUCACCGGGCAGUUCCACCGCACGCGCGUCGUGACGUUGUACCCGCGGCUGAUCGUGCGAAACUUCCUGGGCUUCCCGCUCGAGGUAAUGCCCACGGUGAUGUCGCCCAAGGCCGCCGCCGUCGAACGCCUCGCUAAGUGCAUCCCGCCUGCGGUGCCCCCGUCUUGCCGGGAUGCGUCCUUCCUGCGUGAGUACCGUGCCUCCCCCCGACGCUUCCUUCCAUCAGGAAGGGCGGACGCGGCAGCAGAAGGAGAGGGAGGAGCGGCUUCCGGCGGUGUGGGUGGUUAUCCCGCCGGCGCCGCCACCGGCGCCAGCGCCGCUACGGUCGGCACUGGUCACCUUGCCCGAACCGUACCAAACUCUGAGGCCGUGAUCAUCUACGCCUUCAACGCCGCCGAUGACCUGGCCAAAGGGCUUGCCAUCGCUGCCGCUGCCUCUAGGAGAAAUCACAGUGUCGCCGGUGUCGCCGGGGACUCGGACGACCACCGGAAGUGCGUCCUUUUGCGAGCGGCGGCGGCGACGACCGGGGCGGCGGUAGCCGGCGUCGGCGACGAGGACGGCGGUGUCGGUGGAUUCGGCCCGGCCCUGGUGACGGGGCUCUCCCGACCUGUGCUAUCGGACGAGAUGGGGGAGACCCACCUGUGGGUCGUGGACUCGAACGGCCGGCGGCACCUCGCGGCGGCGUUCGUGUCCCUCCAGCGGGCGACGGUGUUCGUGACGCUGUCGGCCUCGGCGCAGUUCCCCCCGUUCCGCGUCGAGAACCGGUCCAGCACGGAGACGCUCGCUUACCGACAGGUGGGGUGCUUGCCGGCUUGGGUCGACGCGCACAAAAGCAUGGGCUGGCACAUCCUCCCUCCGCUGUCUUGGCACGCAUUCCUGUGGCAGGAGCCCGACAAGCCGCGGGCCAUCCAGAUGGCGUUCGCGUCCUCCCUGACCAGAUCCGGCAGCGACGCUCGACACAGCGAGGAGUACUCUUUGGAUAAGAUUGGGGUGAGGGAUUCUCUUGAGGAGAAGAGCAUCACUCGGAGCGUCAUCACGCGCGUUACAACCGGAAGCACGGUCAAGAGACUGUAUUCUGAGGUUCGGGUAGAGGGGCGAACGCGCGUGCUGAGCUUCGGCGAUGCCCGCCUAUCAGACGGGCACGAACAGGGUCACGCGGACAGCGUCACUCGGCUGAAGCGGCUCUACAACCAGCUCGACAUCGGCGUUCGUUUCUCCGGCCUGAGCUUCAACAUCGUAGAGUGCUCAACGGAGGGACCGUCCGAGGUGAUGUCCGCCCACGUGGACAGCGUUACGGUCGCCAAGCGUAGCGGCGACAACGUGGUCGAGCUGCAGGUCUUCCACGUGCAGGUGGACGACAUGCGGAGGCGAACACGGAUGCCGGUGGUUCUUCAGCCGGCAGACAGCGGCUUCAACAGCCACCUCAGAGACGCGAGGGAGGGCGGAGCGGGCGGCAACAGAGGCGCCGUGCCCUUCGUGAGGCUCUUGUGGGACAAGGAAGUGGCCACCCUCGGCAUGCCGCACCUCAAGAGCUUGGACUUGGAGCUUCAGGAAAUGCGGGCGAACGUAGACCUGGAGUUCGUGCUCCAUCUCCUUGCGCUGACGGGGUCGCUGGUGCCCGAGCUCACGAGCGAGGAAGUCCUGGCCAAGAUGUGCCGCAAGAAGGCCAAGGUCACCGUGCGGCACACGGUGCCAACUCCCGCGAAGCGGGACCUGUCGAUGGUGUACGUGGAGGCCUUCCGGCACUCGACCAUCGUCGUGCGGGUCGAGCUGUGGGUGGGGCAGGCCGCGCUGUCGCCCGACGCGGCCGCGCUCGAGGAUCCAGAGACGACAACGGGAGGGCUGACCGUAUUGGGCGGGGGGUUCCUGACCGUGCUAUCGGUGUUGGGAAGCAGACGGGUCCCCUGUUCCCUGAUCGUCAUUGCCCUUGCUUGCCGCUGCUCAUGGGUAACUAUCCUCUGGGCGGAAACUCUCAGCAUCGCCCACGUCAACCCAACCUUCGUGUUCGAUGAGCUCGUCGUGACGCACUACUGCGGCAGCGCUGGCGGCCUGACCGGGCUGGUCGUAACGGCCCUCACCCAGCAGGCGGUGGCGCAGGGGUACAAGGUGGUCGGGUCCAUGGAGCUGCUGGGCGACCCGCUAUCGCUCGUCGGCAAGCUUGGAGACAGCGUGGUCCAGUUCUUCACCAAGACCAAGGCGGAGAUGACCGGCGAUGCCGAUACCGUAGGCGCGGGCGCGAAGCUUCUGGUGAAGGGGCUUGUAGGCGGCACGUUUGGCAGCGCCGCGAAGAUCACGGGUUCAUUGGAAGGCAUGAUCCGUGGUCUCAGCGGCACCGCCAUCGCUGAAAACGAGUCGGAGAUGGAGCGCGAGGACGAUGGCCAGCUGCAGCGGGAGGUGAAGGACUUGGAGCAAGGAGUGAAGCAAGGCGGAAAGAUUUUCUACGAGACCAUGAAGGCGGGAAUCACCGGCUUAAUAGACCGGCCGGCCGAGGGCGCAAAAGAAGAGGGCUUGGCCGGCUUCAUCGCCGGCAUGGCCAAGGGAAUCGUGGGCGCGGUAGCCGCGCCGGUGGCCGGGGCGCUAGGGGCAGUCUCCCGAGUCACCGAGGGCGUCGACGCGUCCACGAGGCUUUCCGACGAGAAGCGAAUGGGAAGGCGCCGAGCCGCGAGAACGGCGUUCAGAUCGGUGCCAACGGGCAGGGCGCUCCCCCCGCUAACUCCCAUCGACCUGGUCAAGAACAUUCCCAGAAAGUUCGCCACGUUGUGGGUGGGCACUGGCCUGGAAGCGACGGGGGUGGCGUUGCCAGUUCCGGAAGGGGAAGGGGCGGAGGAGAGAGAUCGGAAACCCGCUGUUGAUGUUGGUAGCGGUAGAGGGAGUGAAGGCGGGGCGGGAGGUCGGACUCAUCCCUCAUGACGAAGACUUUGCUCUAUUUUGCGGGUUGAAAAGCCAGCAAUCAUACCUGGUCCGAUAAGUUGAUUGGAAAGCUAGCCAGAACGCAGGAAAGGACACUAAAAGGGGCAGAUGAUAUAGGGUGGGGACCACCUGCGACGCUUACCCUCGGUACAGAGGGGAAAUAGUAGGAUUCCCGUCACGCAGUGAGGUUGUUGGCGGUCAGUGAAAGCUGGCGCGUGGCAGAGUGGAGCGUGGCGCGAGAUUUGUAUCGUACGGCCUGGUACAGUCAGUAGGUCUGAAGAUAAAGACCGUUUCAAUGUUUGGUGAGAGGUAUGUCGAGUUUGGAGGAGGGGCGUGACAGUGCGCAACUGUGGAAUGUUUGUGGGUGGGUGUGAAAUGUCGAGGCAUGGGUGACGGGGUAGAGUUUUUUACGAACCAUGAGCGUUCGAUGUUAGUUUUGUAGCGAACGCUCAUAACUCCCGGUUGGUGUUCUUGAGUCGAUAUGAUACGUCUUUCGCUGGAACCGCUAUCCGACCUGGCGUACGAGGUGUUGCAGGUGGCUCAUUCUCAGCCUUUGGAUCGCGUUUCGUUUAAUUCAUGGUAUGGUUUGGAUUGUGCUUGGC